AUCGUCGCGAUUCAUGGCAUCGGUGCCCACCCAGAUGAUACCUGGACCUGGAAGAGACCGGACGAGAGAACAAAUUGGCUGGCAGAUCCCAACAUGCUCCCAAAAGCAGUCCCUAAUGCACGCAUAAUGCGCUUCGGAUACGAGUCUACAUGGUUUGGCACGGAGGAGAACGAGCCGAAAAGGACGAAUGUUUCUGACGUGGCUGAGACGCUACUCACAGAGUUGCAUUUCCAUCGUGGGGUAAGCUUAGGUGAUGCCACUAGGCCGAUAAUCUUCAUUGCGCAUAGCUACGGUGGCCUGGUCCUUCUCCAAGCUCUUCGACGCUCUUUCGAUAAUCCCAAAAAGUGGUCAAGCCCAUUUCGCUACACCGCCGGGCUCGUCUUCUUCGGAACGCCGUUUCGAGGACGAGCA